CAAAAGUGAUGCCAAUCCUUUUGAUAAUUAUCGUGACAAGUGCGUUAAAUAUCGACACGUGACAUAGCUAAAAAGUGUUUUAAAGACUCAACGCAUCUCUUCUAAGUUAAAUAAUUUCUUGUUGAAGACUUACUCAUUCUAAACUCAUCUUCGUAUUUUUUUUCUAAAUUUUAUAGACAGGCCAAACCAUUGAACAUGUCGACCUUCCAUAAUCACUGUCAACCUUUUGUAAAAGUUUGAUUAUAUAAUUGGCAUUAUAUUAUAUUAUAAAUAGUUAAGUACAACAUGUCUUCGUUGAUUCCACUGAAAGAGUUCACCGAGGUGUGAAGCAGUGCAGCAAAUCUUUAUGACAAGGCUAAAUUCCUUCAAGGUGCCCAACAAAUCGAGACGGUUGCAGCUGAUAGCACAGCCAAAAUUUCUUAUAAUCUACACUGUAUCUACAUGAAACUGAAACAAUAUGAGAAGUCCUUAGAGAACAGUCAAAAAGCAGGGAACAAGGAUACACAUUUCAUUGCAACUUAUGUGCAGAUGGCUGCAAUUUAUUUGGAAUAUAACAUUUAUGAUGCUGCAAUCAAGUGUUACGAAGUAGCUAUACAUUUGAUGGGUAACAAGAAAUAUAUCAACUACCAACCUCCGGGAUUGAACCUAAUUUUAUAUUUGACAGAGGCUCUCCACAACUAUGCUGUUGCUGAAUCAAAAGCUGACAACUGGAAACAAGUAGAGAUCUUAAUAAACAUGGCCAUCAGAGCUCAACAGGAGGACAAAUUUAACAACAAACUUAAAAUAUCUUUACAGGCCGUCCAGCAAAAACAACUCCAACAGUUUGACAUCGGAACUAGAAUCUUCCAUCCACCCAAAUGGAUGAUAGAAAGUACAAAGAAUGUCGACUACCUGGGAGAUUCCAAGGUUAUUUCGACCAACAAGAAUCCCUUCUCUAUGAAUGAAACCAAUUCAAGAAGCAAGUCAGCAAACGACGAGUUAUGGCCCAAUCUCAAGGAACAAGAAGCAGGGCAAAAGAAACAAAUGAAAACCAUGAUUGAACUGCUAACGACCAUAACGUUAGAUACAGCAAUGGAAACUAUUGAUAAGGCGAAACAGAUAGAGAGCAAUCUUGGCACAGAUGGUAAACCGCAACAACCACCAAGACCACAAUCUAAAUCACCACCAAUUUGACCUCCUCUUCCACCAAGAUUUUCCGGGAUUCGUAAACUUCCUCAACUGUCAACUAACAAUGACCUGAAAUCUCAAGACAAUACAAAAAAUGUCAUCUCCACUGAGGAAAACACUGCUUAAUUUUGCCUGCAGCCCAAGCUGAAUACAAGGAAGUUGGUCGAACUGUGUUUGUGAAAUACAACCUACUGAGCAGCAACCCUAAUAUAUUGAUAGCCAGGAAGAGUUAGAUAAAUUAGGUACAAAUCACAAUAGAAAUCAAUAAAGAAAAGUGUAAAUACAUUACAUUUGCAA